CGCUUAUUUCUUUUUUGAUUCAGUUUGCGCCACGGUCUCCAUCCUGUGAUCAAACACAGAAAGCAACACAAAUGUAGAUGCUUAAUUAUAAUUAGUUAAAAUGAUCGUACCUCCGUUACAUUGAUCUGAAGAACAGCGCCUUUUGUGCUUUCCGGUAACUUCGCGUAUGGGUGGCCGCGGACUUUUUGGAGAACGCUUAAAAACUUGAUUUAAAUCUUAAUUAUUUCACACUGAUAAUAUUUGGUGUGUAAAAGCAUUUGAGAUGAGAAGCAAGUGUUUGGAAGCGCGUUGGACAUGUGAACUGGCGGCGAACACUCGGAAGCCUGUUGGAGAGGAGCGCAACUUUGCUACGUCUAGGACAUUUCCCGGUCAUCCAUCAUCUAUCCAGCGCUGUGCAGGAACCUCCGGGCGAACAGGUGGACGCGAUUCCCGUCGUUUCCAGAGCUCACCCGAGGCUUGUCUGGAGUAAUGACGGGCUCUUGGCUGCGAGGUGCGCUGGGCAGGUUGGUGUGGCUCUCCUUAUUUGCGCCGAACGCGUUAAUGAUGAUCCUUCUGGCUCAAGCAUCACACGCGCAUCCCCAACCAUGUCAGAUUUUGAAGAGAAUCGGACAUACAGUGAGAGUCGGAGCUCUGCAACUUCAACCUCGAGUUUUCAAGCAGAAUCCCCCUAGGAAUAGAGAUCUGGACAGGGGCACAGAAACUGGAGACGAGUGGGACAUCAUUAUUCAAAGUGGACUUGACCAUGACUGGAGGGGCAUUAGGACUAAAACAUCAGCGCAUAACCCCCACAGGGCCUCAAAAAGUAAAACAACACUCAAACAAGUGGACGCGGAGAUUGCGUUUCUACCAAAAGACGCUGUUAUAUUCGCUAUGGAGACCCUGAAUCGGAUGGCGGGGCUUUUACCCUACAAUUUGAGCUUGGAUAUAGUCAUGGCUGUUGAAGCAGGACUUGGAGAAUUACCUGCUUUCUCGUUUGCCUCCUCAUCUACACCAGCCUGUGCAGAUCCCGCGUCGUUCCUGCAAAGCGUUUGCAACACUGUUAUCGUACAAGGAGUUUCUGCCAUCAUUGCGUUCCCGCAAAACAGGGACGAAUUGCUGAAGCUGGAGUUUAUUUCGUCAACGCUACACAUUCCAGUCGUCAGUGUCGUGCAGAAUGAGUUCAAACGCCACAGUCAGAACUCGCUCCAUUUCCAGAUGGCCAUGCAAAAUCCUCAAACUCCUGAAGCUGACCUUAUCUUCUCCCUGCUGUCCAUGAACAACUGGUAUGACGUCAGUCUGGUAAUGUGUCAAGAGAUGAACAUUUCUGACUUUGUCUUUUUGCUCCGCAACAACACGAAAUUUCAUUUGGGUACUGUUAUCAAGAUUUCCACCAGCAUUUACAAUAGCAGCUCCAAAACUGACUUUCAAACGUACCUGCAAGGUCAAAUGGAGUCUAUCAAGGACUCAACUUCUACAGUAGUGACCUUUGGAUGUGACAUACGGGAUAUACGGAGACUUUUUGCUACCGUUGCAAAGUUUGGUCAGAUAAUUCCUGAUUACCACUGGGUUUUAGGUGACUCUCAGAAUGUGGAGGAGUUACAUACGGAGGGACUGCCGAUGGGUCUUCUCGCGCAUGGUCGUAUGAGUGAGCCCUCGCUGGAUUAUUACGUCCAGGAUGCUUUGGAGUUUGUGGCCAGAGCGGUGGGGUCUGCCGCAACAGUGUCUCCAGAGCUGGCAUUGAUACCUGGCAUCACAAACUGUCUGGCGACAGAGAGUAAAAAUCUCACAUCAGGAAAAUUUCUGGCCAGAUUCAUGGCCGAUAUGGCAUUUGAUGGCCUGAGUGGCUACAUCAGUGUUCAAGAGGAAUCUUCUAUUAUCUCUAACAGCCAUCACUUCAUAUGGAAUCUACAACACGAUCCAAUAGGCAAACCCAUGUGGACACGUCUUGGCAGCUGGAAGGAAAAUAAAGUGGUUAUGGAUUACGGAGUUUGGCCAAAUAAAAGACGAUCCCAGCCAGGGGCAGACUGGCGGAAAUCCUCUCGUCUACACUUACGUGUGGUCACCUUGGUUGAGCACCCGUUUGUCUUCACCCGUGAUGUCGAUGAGGAUGGUUUGUGCCCGGCUGGCCAGUUGUGCCUUGACCCCCUAACAAACGAUACCGCAUUGUUAGAAAAUCUUUUUCAGAGUUUGCAAGGUGCCAAUGACACAGUGCCCACGGAGUUAAAAAAAUGUUGCUACGGUUAUUGCAUUGAUCUUCUAGAAAAGUUGGCAGAGGACAUGGAGUUUGAUUUUGACCUAUACAUUGUGGGAGAUGGAAAAUACGGUGCUUACAAGGGCGGUCGCUGGACAGGUCUGGUUGGGGACCUCAUGAGUGGGGCGGCACACCUGGCUGUCACUUCCUUUAGUAUCAACUCGGCACGCAGUCAGGUCAUUGACUUUACCAGCCCCUUUUUCUCUACCAGUCUGGGAAUCCUAGUCAGGACUAGAGAUACAGCCGCACCGAUUGGCGCCUUCAUGUGGCCUCUGCAUUGGAGUAUGUGGCUAGGAAUAUUUGUGUCUUUACACGUGACCGCUGUGUUUCUAACAUUGUACGAGUGGAAAAGCCCUUUCGGGAUGACCCCGAGGGGAAGGAACAGAGACAGAGUCUUCUCUUUUUCCUCAGCACUAAACGUUUGUUACGCAAUCUUAUUUGGCAGGACUGCCUCUAUCAAGCCGCCAAAGUGUUGGACUGGCAGGUUCCUCAUGAACCUCUGGGCCAUAUUCUGUUUGUUCUGCUUGUCGACCUACACAGCCAAUCUUGCUGCUGUAAUGGUUGGUGAGAAAACCUAUGAGCAGCUCUCAGGUAUUCAUGAUCCCAAGCUCCAUCAUCCAUCACAAGGGUUCCGCUUUGGGACAGUUCGGGAAAGCAGCGCUGAGGAUUAUGUGAAGAAAAGCUUUCCAGAGAUGCAUGAGUACAUGAGGCGAUAUAAUGUCCCUACAACCCCUGAUGGGAUAGAUCACCUUAAGGACGAUCCUCAAAAACUAGAUGCUUUCAUUAUGGACAAAGCUCUCUUGGACUAUGAAGUGUCUAUUGAUGCAGACUGCAAGAUGCUGACUGUAGGAAAGCCUUUUGCAAUUGAAGGCUAUGGUAUCGGAUUGAAACAAAAUUCACCUUUGACUUCAAACAUCUCUGAGUUGGUCAGUCAAUAUAAAUCAGAUGGAUUUAUGGACAUGUUACAUGAUAAGUGGUACAAGGUGGUCCCAUGUGGUAAAAGAAGCUUUGCUGUGACAAAGACUUUACAGAUGGGGAUAAAGCACUUCUCAGGAUUAUUUGUCAUGCUAUGCAUUGGAGUCGCCCUUUCUCUCCUCACCACAUUGGGUGAACACAUUGUCCACCGUUGGGUGAUACCCAGGUUGCAGAACUCAUCCCAGUAUACGUACUGGCUUCACACUAGUCAGAGAUUACAUCGAGCACUUAACCCUGCUUUCAAAGAGGACAAACUACAGACAGUUGCAAAACAAGAGAAAAGCUGCAAUGUUGAAAACAACCAGCAAAUGCCGUGGAACUCUUUGGGAACAUCCAACUGCUGUCAGAGGAAACUCUCCAAUCAAGAAGGGCAACAAAAUGACCUGGAAUGUUCACAGUGCAAAGAGCUCUUGCUCCAUCACGAAAAGAGGUCGCUUCCCAUACAGACCACCUCUAAUGGAAGAACAGACCAACACAGCCUCGCCCAAAACCCAAUAGUACAGGAACUGACAGACCUGGAAACACAAAUCGAGGUCAUUAAAAAACAACUGCAGCUUGCCAUAAAGAAGAAAAAAGAGCUGGAGCAGUAUCAAAAAAACAAGACUUCAACUGAGGCCUAGAGUUUUGAGAAAUCUUUAUAUGGCUGGUGUUUUAUGGGUUGCAGUGUUCAAAGGAUUGGACCUAGUGGUUGAUUAUUUCAAUUGUGUUUCAAAGGGGAGUAAAAGUCCUGAAGUCGUGCUUUAUUUUGAUGUUUUUAUUUUGAUUCCUUAUUGAACUGAACUUCACAAAAAGACAGAGAAUUAAAAGAAACUCAAUAUUGGAUGUAAGCAGUGUGUAUUUUAAUAUUCCAAGAUGUGUUAUUCUAAGGAUACCCUGUUUUUGUGGUAUGGCGUGAAAGAUGGUUUGUAUCUGCCUAAAGGAAAGACAUUUUAUCUGUCAAAGUGACAUUUAUUUAAGGUGUCAAACAGUGAUGUAUGAUAGCAUCUCCUGCAUAAUGAUACAGAGGGGUGACAUCACAUUUAAGAAGAAAGAUAGACUGCCAUCUCUGCAGCUGUAAAGAGAAAGUCUUAACCUGGAACACAUGCUGUUAAC